AUGACGUCACCCAGAUCCGCCCACUGCUUUUACGACAACAACCUCAACAAGCUGCUGCCCGCCGAGCGCUACGCCGUCGCCCUGGGCAAGAUCCGCAGCGGCUGGGACGCCAAGGAGACCGGGCGCGUGCACAAGAGCAAGGUGUCGGCCGUCUACAUCCCGGACGCGUACCGCGGCACCGUCAGCAACUACGUCGGCGACAUCGCCGUCGUGGAGCUGCAGGACCCGGUGCCGCCGGGGCCCAACGUGGCCACCGUGUGCGUGGACCCGGGGCUGACGCUGGUCCAGGACGAGCAGCUGCGCGUGGCCGGCUGGGGCGACGACUCGCCCAGCGCGCUCGACCUCCUCGAGUACGUCAACAUGCCCUACCUGCCCACCAAGACGUGCUACCGCCGCGCCUCGGACCAGCUCAUCAAGUACGUCACGGCCGACAAGUUCUGCUCCAUCAUCGAGAGCGAGGCGGACCAACACCUGGCCAGGGGGGACAGCGGGGGCGGCGCCGUGGUCGAGAGGGACGGGAUCUGGUACCUGCAGGGGGUGGUGUCCCUGCGGCAGGGCACCAACGACUACACCUUUACCAACGUCACCUUCUCCGACCACCUGCAGUGGAUGAGGGACGUGCUCAAACUGGACGGCGCCGAGCCAAAGUGAUCUUUUUUUAUUUGGUUCGGAAGCUGUGCGCGACACAGGCGUGGCAACUACUCCUCCACCGCGGCGUAGUCCUGCUCCAGGGCGGCCAGGUCGUCGCGGGCGUCCUGGAACUCGCCCUCCUCCAUCCCCUCCCCGACGUACCUGCGGAGGGGGGCAUCUCCAUAAAGCCUACAUGUUGUUGUUUGUUAUUUUUUUGUAAAUAAAAGUAAACUGGCA